GGGCUCUGCCCCUUGCUUUUGGCUCUCUCUCUCUCUCUUUCUCAUUCUCUCUCGUGCUUUGAUCUCUGCUUAACAACAGUAACGUCACAGGGACUAUACAGGAGAGUUUUGUUGGAAGUUAGAAAGUUUUGCAGCCUCCAGAGGGCUGUAGCGGCAGUAGCAGAAGCAGCAUCCAAGGGACUCCUGGAAGGGGAAGAGAGAGAGAGCGAGCGAGCGACUGACUCUGCUGCAGAAACCGGACUCGAGGACGACGGAGGCAGACAUGGAACAUCAGCUGCUGUGCUGCGAGGUGGAGACCAUCCGACGAGCCUACCUAGAUGCCAACCUCCUCAAUGACAGGGUGCUGCAGACCAUGCUGAAGGCGGAGGAGACCUGCUCGCCCUCCGUCUCCUACUUCAAGUGCGUGCAGAAAGAAAUCUUGCCAUAUAUGAGGAAAAUAGUUGCCACUUGGAUGUUGGAGGUUUGCGAGGAGCAGAAGUGCGAAGAGGAAGUUUUCCCCUUGGCUAUGAAUUAUUUGGACAGAUUUUUGUCGUUUGAACCCCUCAAGAAAAGCCGAUUGCAAUUGCUGGGAGCUACCUGCAUGUUUGUGGCUUCAAAAAUGAAGGAAACUAUUCCUCUGACCGCAGAAAAACUGUGCAUUUAUACAGAUAACUCCAUUAGACCCGACGAAUUACUGCAAAUGGAGCUGCUGCUGGUGAAUAAGCUGAAAUGGAAUCUGGCUGCAAUGACCCCCCACGAUUUCAUUGAACAUUUCCUUACUAAAAUGCCUCUGGCAGAGGACACCAAGCAGAUCAUCCGUAAACAUGCUCAGACUUUUGUGGCUCUGUGCGCGACAGAUAUUAAAUUUAUUUCAAACCCGCCUUCCAUGAUCGCAGCUGGCAGUGUGGUAGCAGCUGUGCAAGGCCUGCACCUGGGGAACACUAACACUUUCCUCUCCUAUCAAUGCCUCACACAUUUCCUAUCACAAGUUAUCAAAUGUGAUCCGCUUCCAGGAGAUGCACAUCAGUAACUAGCCAGCAAUAAACCUUUCAUGAGUGAAUGGGCCAGGAAGGGAGCCUACAAGGAAGACCUAAAGUCAAUGAUCCAUGUCAUAAUGGUGUGUGAAGUUGGGGCAGAGUUGAGCUUUGUUUUGUAACAAUGUGGAAGACCAAUAAAUAGAUGCUUUAAAAAGGUUCUUGUGAGGUCUCCAAGCGCUGGACAAUGAGUCAAAUAAAGACAACUCUGUGGUUAGCGGCGCAAUCUUUGGGAUGCUGUUAAAUUAUUUUACAUGUUAAUAAUUUAAAUACCUAGACAACUGUACUAGUCCAGACACUGCAAAACUAGGUUUGCAUAAUUGGAUUUUGUUGACAGGACGGAGUGAUUUCUGGAUAGAUGAAUGCAUCAUAAUUAAUUAUUCACAAAAGAAUAUUUUACUUUUGAUAGACCAUGUGAAACAAUUGCUGACAAAUACCAUAUCUCAGCUUAUUAUUUCGAUCACCUUAACAACGCCUCAGUAUUGAGCAUGUUAUUUUUGCUAUUUAUAUUACUGAAGCUAAAGUAACAGUGCUGAUAUGUUAAAUAGUAUAAGAACUUAUAACUAUCAGUAUAAGAUGCUGAGGUAAAGUGCUGCUCAGUUUGGUAUGUACGUGUAAUGAUUGUAGUCAGUUUGUGAACAAUGUAGAUACCUCAGGGUAUAGUUGGCCACUAUUCAAUGUGAGAUACCUGAAGCAGGUACUGAGGAAAAAUAACUAGGGUUGCUAUCUGUUCUGGCAGUAUCUGAUUCAAACAAAAACAUUAUUUAACUAUUCCUGACACAAAGCAUUGAAGUAGAUUAUCUCACAUCUUUGAGAACAACAGCGUGUCCUUACGUGACUUGACUUAGUUGAUGGCAGAGCUCUUUAAAAAGAAAAGGUAGUUCUAGCAAGGAGAAUCCUUGCUUAUUUCUUUUUUUAUUGUCCAGAGUCAUUGCAAAGCCACGAUUUGUGUAACCCGAAUUUAAGAGCUUUAAAAGGAAGUAACUCCCCUCCAUCUUUCAUUGCUAAAUAUAUUCAUGUGUUAGAGCAGCUAGAGUUAGAACUAAGGGGUUUGUGUAGGUUGCUCCAGAACAGAAGCAUCAUAGAAUUAUACCUACACAUGUGUAUACUGUUGUGUUUGUGCUGGAGUAAGGGAACAGCAGUUUUCACUACUUUGAGUAGAGAAAACUGCUUGGCUUCAUACCUAGCGUGAUUCCCCUGCACAGAGAAUUUCCUACUAGCCCUGCCUGUGCAAUCCAUGGCAUCAAAUGCAAUUCCUGUUGCCUUAUUUCACGAGCACGUGCAGGAAGUUUGCUGCUCUGCACAUGAUGAGUUCCCCUUGUCAGACCACACAAAUGAACACACUUUUAUAUUGGAUUGUCUCGAAAGAGUGUGCAUUAUAACAUGGCUAACGUCCUCCCUGAUUAUCUAUUAGCUAGAGCAGCUGCUCUGUUGGAUUGCAGGUUAUAUAAUUACACUUUUUUACCUUUAGUCUCAAAGAAAGCUGAAUCUAAAGUAAAAUGAAUAUCACCUGAUUGGAAUUCCUUUAUGGUUCAUGUUUACGUUGGUAGGAGUCCAAUUUCCCAUUUUGCCUUUGAUCAGGGGUAAUUAGAAGUCAGAUAAUCACAAUUAGAAGUCUUGGGCUGUCUUCCAUCAUUCUAUUCUUGACCCCAUCACCCAAACAGAUUGAAUUUUACCUGACAUUCAUUUCCAGGCCAGAAAUUUGCUAAACUAGCUUAGAUUGGGUUUCCA